CCUUGAAGUAAGAUGGAGUCUUCAGACGAUGACACUCUGAGCGAGCGCUCCUGCAUCAGCGAGCCGUCCUUCCGUAGCGAGCGCUCAGGGGGGUCGCUGUCCCCGUGCCCCUCGGGACCCGUGGGGCCCCCCGGGGACACGCUGCCCUGGAACCUGUCCAAACAUGAGAGGAGGAAGAGGAAGAGCCAGGACUCGGUGCUGGACCCGGCGGAGAGGGCGGUGGUUCGUGUGGCAGAUGAGCGGGACAGGGUGCAGAAGAAAACCUUCACCAAAUGGGUCAACAAGCAUCUCAUCAAGGUGAGGAAGCACAUCACAGACCUGUACGAGGACCUGAGGGAUGGGCACAACCUCAUUUCCUUACUGGAGGUCCUCUCUGGAGUCACCUUGCCCAGAGAAAAGGGGCGCAUGAGAUUUCAUCGACUACAGAAUGUCCAAAUAGCGCUGGACUUCCUCAAACAGAGACAGGUCAAACUUGUAAACAUCAGAAACGAUGACAUCACCGACGGGAACCCCAAGCUGACGUUAGGUCUCAUCUGGACCAUCAUCCUUCACUUCCAGAUUUCAGAGAUCUAUGUGAGCGGCGAGUCGUCCGACCUCACAGCCAAAGAGAAGCUGUUACUAUGGAGCAAGCAGGCGACAGAAGGCUACCCCGGCCUCCGCUGCACCAACUUCACCUCCUCCUGGAGCGACGGACGCAUGUUCAACGCUCUGCUGCACAGAUACAGGCCAGACCUGAUCGACAUGGAGGUGGUGUCGCGGCAGAGUAACCGGGAGAACCUGGAGCAGGCCUUCGAGAUCGCAGAGUCGCUCGGGGUGACCAGUCUGCUGGACGCUGAGGACGUUGAUGUUCCAUCUCCAGAUGAGAAGUCGGUCAUCACCUACGUCUCCUCCAUCUAUGAUGCCUUCCCCAAAAUCCCUGAGGGAGGAGAGGGCAUCACCGCACAUGAGGUGGAUCAGCGCUGGUCGGAGUAUCAGUCCAGGUUCUUCUCUCUGCUCCAGUGGAGCCGCCAGCAUACGGCCAUCAUGGCCAACAAAAACUUCCCACAAAACCCUGUGGAACUCAAGGCACUUUACAACGAGUACGUCCAUUUCAAAGAGACGGAGAUCCCCGCUAAGGAGGUGGAGAAAGGUCACAUCGAGCACCUCUACAAACUGCUGGAGAUGUGGAUAGAGUUUGGUCGUAUCAAGCUCCCUCAGGGCCUCCAUCCCAACGACCUGGAGGAGGAGUGGGGCAAACUCAUCCUGGAGAUGCUGGAGAGAGAGAAGGCUCUACGGCCGGCUGUGGAGAGGCUAGAGCACCUGCUUCAGAGGGCCAAUAAGAUCCAGAACAUGGCUCUGGACUGUGAGGAGAAACUCACCCUCGCGAGAAACACACUGCAGGCUGACAUGUCGCGGGUGGAGAGUGGGGAGGGGGUGCAGUGUGAGAGGGAGCUGGCCUGCUACCUGCAGGACUGCGAGUCUCUCAUCAGACAACUCAACCAGGAGCUCAAAGUCCUGAGGGAGGAGAAGUACUACCAGGUGGAGCAGCUGGUGUUCAGAGCGUCCUGCCUUCAGGAGGAGCUGGUCUCCCUCAGACUGCAGUGCUCCAGCCUCUACAGGAAGGGCAACUUCACCCAGAGCCUGGGCCCCACGGGGGCCGAGCAGCAGAGGGCCUCAGACGGGGGCCUGACGCUGGGGCAGACGCUGCUGGGGGCCGUGGGGGCUGUCGGUGCCGCGCUCCUGCGGCGACCCAUUGCUCGCUCCCAGCUGGUGGCCAUGUCUUCAUCGGAGGACGAAGGAAGCCUGAGGUUCAUCUACGAGCUGCUGGGAUGGGUGGAGGAGACGCAGGAGCUUUUGGAGCGAGCUGAGUGGGGCGCAGACCUCCCCUCUGUAGAAAACAACCUCCAAGAGCACAACACCAUACACACUGCUGUAGAAGAACUAAUGAGCAGCCUACAGGAGGCACGCAGCUAUGAGGCUAAAGUGUCUCCAAACUUCAAGAGCAGUUACUCUGAAACCCUGGCCAAGCUAGAGCACCAAUACUGCAAACUACUGGAACAUUCGUCAUGGCGCCUGCGGAGCUUGGAGAGCCUGCAUGCGUUUGUGUCGCACUGCACUGAGGAGCUGAUCUGGCUCAACGAGAGGGAGGAGGAGGAGAUCGCCUUCGACUGGAGCGACAACAACAGCAACAUGAACGCCAAGAGGGAAUUAUACAGCGAAAUGAGGUUAGAGCUGGACGAAAAACAAGACGUGAUGCGGUCGCUCCAGGAAACCGCCAACCGUCUGUGUCAGGAGAACCACCCGGCCAAACAGAGUGUGGAGGCGUACAGUGCAGCGCUGCAGACUCAGUGGCAGUGGGUGAAGCAGCUGUGUGUGUGUGUGGAGACGCAUCUCAAAGACAACACAGCAUACUUCCAGUUUACGAGUGAUGCUCGGGACUGUGAGUCGUACCUGCGCCAGCUGCAGGAAACCAUCAAGAGGCAGUACACCUGUGACAAGAACAGCAGACUGAGCAAGCUGGAAGACCUGCUGCAGGACUCAAUGGAGGAGAAGGAGCAGCUGAUCGAGUACCGCAGCACGGUGGCCAGCCUGGUGGGCCGCGCCAAGACCCUGGUGCAGCUCCGGCCCCGCAACGCAGAGAGCACCCUGGGGGCCACGACCCCCAUCAGAGCCGUCUGCGACUACAGGCAGAUAGAGACAAACGUUCAGAUCACAAUCACCCGGGGAGAGGAGUGUGUGCUGGAGGACAACUCCCAGAGGACCAAGUGGAAGGUGAUCAGUACGACGGGGAACGAGGCCAUGGUCCCCUCGGUGUGUUUCACCGUCCCACCCCCCAACCAGGAGGCCAUGGACACAGCCAGCAGGGCAGAGCAGCUGUACCAGAAGGUCAUGUCUCUGUGGCAUCAGCUGCAUGUGAACAUGAAGAGCGUGGUGUCCUGGCACUACCUGCUCAAAGACAUCCGGACCGUCUCCGGAUGGAACCUGGACACGGUGCGUUGUCAGUCUCCUUCAGAGCGGCAGCAGGUCCUGGAUCACCUGGAGUCCCAGAUGUCAGACUUCCUGUCUGACAGCAAAGAGAGCAUCUUGUUCACGGCAGGAGAAAGACGAGAGCUGGAGAAGGAGGUCCAGCAGGCCCAGACGCACUGCCAGGACCUGCUGCUCAACAUGGAGACCGUGGAGAAGGACGAGUCGGUCUCUCGGUCCUACCUGUCGGAGCUGCAGAACAUCACCCUCCGGCUGAACGACGCAGAGCACAAACUGAUGAGGGGGAUUCAGACCCCGCCCCCCAGCCGGCUGUCAGGGGACAGCGGUGACUACACUGUGCAGAUAGCAGAGCAGGAGAAUCUGCAGUCGGAGUUGGACGCCAUGCGCUCUAGUUUGGGCGAUGUGUCCCGGCGCUGCAUCAGUUUCUUCGAGGAGAAGCCGACGUCCUCCAGCAUCCCCGUCCUCCGGGCUGAACUCAAUCAGGCCGUGGAGAAGACAGACAGACUGCACAACCUCUCCUCUGUAUACCUAGAAAAGCUGAAAACUGUAGAGGUCCUGAUGCGUAGCCUGGAUGAAGCAGAGAGCCAGGUCAGGAAGAACGAGAGCAGACUAAGUGAAGAGGACAUCGUUCCUGCAGACACAACGGCCAUUAAAAACCUCAGAGAGCAACUAGGGAAGUGUCAGGCUGAUCUGGUGGAUCAGGAGGGCGUCUUCCAGUCCCUGCAGUCGGAGGUCGCCUGCGCCAAAGAAGCUGCGUCUCAGCUCAGCAAGCUGCACCCGGACCGCAGCCCCGAGCUGGAGCGCCUCCAGGAGAGAGCCAAUCAGAUGGCAGACAGGUGGAGCGGAGUCAAGAGGCAGAUGGACACACGACGGACAGAUCUAGAGUCAGUGGGCUCGGCCCUGCAGCAGUACAGAGACGGACACUCUGCUCUCAUCAACUGGAUCGAAGAAACGACAAAGAGACAAGAAAACACCCAACCUGGACAGACGGACAGCAAGGCGCUGUCAGAACAGCUGGCCCAGCAGACGGCAUUAGUAGCUGAGAUUGAACAGAACCAGACCAAACUAGACGAGUGCCAGACUCACUCCAAACAGUACUGCACCUCAGUGAAGGAUUAUGAGCUGCAGCUGAUGACCUACAGAGCCUUUGUAGAAUCUACACAAAAAUCCCCUGUGAAGAGGAGGAGGAUGCACUCUUCAUCUGACGCCAUCACACAUGAGUUCAUGGACUUGCGCACACGUUACACAGCCUUGGUCACCUUGACAACGCAGCAUGUGAAGUACAUCAGCGAUGCUUUGAGAAGAAUAGAAGAAGAAGAGAAAGAGGUGGAGGAGGAGAAGCAGGCGAGGGUUGGGCAGGUUUCCGACCUGCUGGGCUUUGUCAAGGGCCUCCAGGGACGGGCCGGGGGCCCCAACGCCGAGUCCUCACUUGCUGCUCAGCAGGCCAUCAGUGAACAGCUGGCAGCCAAGAAAGAUGAAGUGGCAGAAGCCAUAAGGAGCACUCAGGUCUUCCUGCUGUCAAAACAGGCCAGCAAGCUGUCCCCAGAGGAGUGCGCUCAUGUGGAGGCUCAGCUGGACGAGCUGACGUCCACCUACAACCAGCUGUGCACCAGCUCCACCCAGCAGCUGCAGCAGCUGGAGCAGCAACUGGCCAAAGAGGAGGAAAGAAAGAACCAGAGUGCCAUUGCUGGAGUUAUUGACUUGGGAACAGUGCAAACAUUCCCAGUGUUCAAAGCAGCCCAACGAGGCCUUAUUGACCAGGACACCUGCCAUGUACUGCUGGAGGCCCAGCUCAUUAUGGGUGGGCUCCUUAAGCCUGACUGCCCUCUCAAUCUUUCACUGGAACAAGGUCUAGCUCAAGGUCUAAUUGACACCCAUUAUAGACAAUCCCUUUCUGAGCUAGAAACUGCCUUGCUGUUGGUGGAAAAUACUAAGUCUACAGAUGACCGAACACAAAUUGUGUUGCCAGUAGCCACAGCCAUCGAGUUUGGGCUCAUCAGAGAGGAUGUGGGACUUCGCAUUUUAGAACUCCAGUUAAACACUGGAGGCCUGAGAAACUCAGUCGGAGAUCUCAUGAGUUUGGAGCAAGCGGACGAAAAGAGACUUUUGACUUCUAGAACCCUUUCCAAACUCCAGUCAAGGCAACAUAAUAAAGAGCUGAUCGAUCCAAACACAGCAGAACAAUUAAAUCUGAAUGAGCUUCAACAGCGCUGUGUCUGUGAUGACCACCCUGGUCUCCUUCUACUCCCUGUCAAACAGCAACCCGGAGGAACUGUUUGCCUCCAGACUGGAAGAAAAGUUGGCAUAUUCCGUGCAGUCCAGGAAGGUCUGAUUGAUCGGAAAGUAACCGUACGACUUCUUGAAGCUCAACUCCUUGCCGGUGGUAUUUCUGACCCACGAUCUGGCCACAGGAUGACAAUUGAUGAGGCGGUUCGCCAUGGGCUUAUGGACCAGGAUCUAGCCUGUGCCAUGUUAGCACGCCAGUUGCAAAAUGGGGGAAUUCUAGACCCUUACAAUGGAGAACGGCUGAGCUUGGAAGAGAGCAUUCACAGGGAUCUACUCUCUCCUCGCUUGGCUCUAUUAGUCCUCGAGUCUCUUUGGGCUUUCAUGGGUAUACUCAGGCCUGAAUCUGGAGAAAUCCUGCCAAUUGUUGAAGCUAUUCAACAAGGAGUUAUCUCAGGAGAGCUUUCUAGAAACAUCUUAAGGAAGCGACAUGCCAUUGGGGCCUUGUACAACCCUGAAAACCUCCAGGUCCUUCCCCUAAAUCAGGCUGCUGAAGAGGUCCUUGAGCCAAGUGUGGUCAGUUUUCUCAAGGACAUCCACAUCCCAGAUGUUCUUUCGAGCAUGAACCAGUCGGGUACCCCAUCUCUAAACCGCUUGAGCUGGGGUUCCACACGCUCCUCUCCACCUCCAUCAUCUCCAACACCUUCAACCUCUCCUUCAGGUGUUUACUUGGAAACAGCACUUAAACAUGGAAUGAAUCCUGAAGAGCAAGCAAAACAAAAUCUUCUGCUUCACCUUAUGACGCACAGCUAUGUGGAUGCCCAUUCUGGAAAUCGAUUGGUGCUGCUUGACCCUGAGUUGGUAGAGUUGGUCAAAGCUACUCAACUGGUUGCUGGAGACUCUGUAUAUGAAAGUACAGUUAAGCCACAAAGCACGUUGACCACAGAUGAGACUGGGGAGCUGCAAAUGGAGAGUAAGUUCAGUUCAGCAGAUAAAGGGGGGAGUUUGAAACACAAGUUUGAAGAGGGAAGUUCUGAUGUAGUGAAGAACGAAAAAGCUGUGAUAAUUAGUACAGGAAGUCUAGAAGAAAGGUAUAAUGGAAAGAAUGACAAUAAAUUGCUCCACAAACCACCAGUUGUGGAUGGGAGUGGUUUAGCAGCAACAAAUGAAAAGCGUGUAGAUACAAAUGCAAAAGCUCAAAAGAAAGAAAUGUCUGAUCAUGAAGCUUUGAUGGCUUCAGCUAAAAAUAUUAAAGGUCCAAAUGAGCUUGAAGCAAUGGUGUUCAAACCAAGGGAUACGGAUGAUCAAAAGACUAGUACAUCCUCAACAGUAGCUAGAAAAACAGCUACAGAACCACUCAAAACAUUGAAAGAACAAAUCCAACCGGGAGCAAAAACAAAUCAAGAUGUUAAACCAAAACAAUCUGACUAUGAGAAAGAUAUAACAUAUUCCCAGACUGAAUCAGAAGGGAUUAAACUACAUAUAACAAUUCCUAAAAAAGCAACUGACUCAAAGCAUGCUAAAGAGUUUGAUAAAGAUUCAGCAGGGGAGAUGGAAGGGGAGGAUGCUGAAUUGGCAAAGUUAGUCCUCCAGCUCAAACAGGGAGGUCUGAUGACAGAGGAAGGGGAAAAGCUUCUCCCAGAUGAGGCAGUAGCACAGGGUGUCCUUCCUGGUCACACAGCAGUUAAAUUAAUGGCGCAGGCAGGUCUGUUUGGAGGUUUUCUAGAUGCUAGCAGCUGUGAGUCACUUAGCAUGGAUGAUGUCAUGCAGGAGGGUUUACUAGAUGAAGAUCUAAUGUGGAGUGUCCUGAAGUCAGAUAAGACCCUUUCAGGGGUUGUGGAUGUAGAAAAAAGGCAGAUCUGCGGGGUAAGCGAGGCUGCUCAAGUAGGGCUGAUUGACCCCAACACCGCUGCUCGACUUCUCGAAGCCCAGGUGGCGUCUGGAGGGAUUGUUGACCUUCGUAGGGAUAAGAAAGUCUCUGUCACUCUAGCAGCAAAACUGGGAUUGAUUGAGGAGGGCCAAAGAGAAGAACUGGUUGCACUAGAGAAGGCUUACAAAGGAAAGGGUUCAGAUUCAUCAAAAACCCUUACUAAAGCCAGUUUACAGCUACAGAUGGAAGGUAUUAUUGACCCAGAGUCCAAGUCUCCAGUGCCUCUCGAGCAGGCAAUCCAGAAAGGGUUAAUUAGAUCUGAGGAUGUUUAUCAAGUGUUGGCAAGGCAGGUGGCUGAGGGUGGUGUAAUACAUCAUGCUUCAGGUGUGAGGCUUUCAGUCCCUGAUGCUGUAGAUAGAGGUUUAGUGGAUCGGUCCAUUGCUCCUGGGCUGGAAGAACUAGAGUGGGUCUACCAAGGAAAAGUCAGCCCUUCAUCCCACCCAGAAGCUGUACUUUUCCAGGCAUCAACAGGAGCCAUUUUAGACCCCGAGUCUGGAUGUAAACUGACAUUGACAGAGGCUGUUUCUAUGGGUCUUUUAGAUGAGAAUAUUGCUAGUGAAACCAUGGCUUCUCCUGCUGUAGCACAAGGGGUGCUUGACCCUGAAACUGCACGCAUUGUGCCUUAUUCAGAGCUUGUAAAACAGGGUAAAAUAGAUAUUGAAACAGGCAAACGUUUCUUGGAGGUGAAACCAUUCAGAGGUGUUCCAGAUGAGGAAACAGGAGACAGCUUGACCCUUCCUGAGGCCGUUGCAUCAAGAAAAGUUGAUCCGGUUCCAGCAUUGAGGCUGCUUCAAAGCCAGGCAGACAGUGGAGGGAUCAUUGAUAUCAGAACUGGAGAUAGACUUCCCCUAUAUGAAGCCUGUGAAAGAGGUUUAAUUGAAGACAGUAUGGUCAGAACAAUUGCCACCAACCAGUUUUUGAAAGGAGGCUUGGUUGAUCCUGCAACUGGACAACGCGUCUCUUCUCUCAACGAGGCCAUUGCGAAACGACUGAUACCUAAUGACGUAGCUUCAGAGAUUCAGGCUUCUUUUGCACUCAAGGGUAAUGAAGGUAGCGAUACACCUGUUACCUCAUCAAGUGGUGCAUACAGCCCUGCUGUUAUAUUGUCAGUGUCAAGCCCUGAUAGUCCAGCAAAUUGGUUGUGCGUAAAUACUGAGGCCCCUUCAAAAUCUCAAUUUUCAAAGCAAGGUUUAGGAAUUACACAGGACAAUGGAAAGACAUUCACAUCUGUAGUACCAGAUCAGUCACUGCUUAACCAACCUUCUACAGAAGAAGAAAAAGUGCCAGUGUCUGUGGAAGAAGCGGCUUCAAUUGAGCCAGACCAAUCCAUAGACCUCUUGUGUAAGUUUGCAACUAAUGUUGAGAAAAGAAUACAGGAAGCCAUAGAAGAGAUUGUACCACAGACAAACAUCAAACAAUCAAAGCCUCUUCCUAAUCAGAGAAGUAUGCAAAUAGGUGCGAGUGAGACUCGUGAUAAACAAAAGGAAAACAUUUGUAGAGAUUCUGUUGAAACCAUUCAGGCACAUGACCGUGAUAUUGACAAAAACUCACGGGCAGAGGUCAUAAAAGGAGCUGCUGUUUCAAAGUCAGAUGGUGAACCUGUGAAAGUAGGGGAAAAGAAGAGUAGACCCAAUGAUGAGAGCACAUCAAUGAUUAAUCGUGAUUCUGAAGAUGGAAACCUGGCAGCAGAGGUUAGAGAUAACAGGGAAAGCAAAGAUGUCAUUGAAGUAUCAACAUUGAGUGAAGAGGAUUACAGAAAGAGUGGUGUGGCGAUAAAGAGAGAUGAAGUUGUGGAUAAGAAGGUUAAACAAGUAGAGAAAGACAAACCAGUAGACAUGGAAGGCAGCGCUGAUGCUGAGCAGUCAGACCAGUUGACCUCUCCAUCCAAAGACACAGAAAGCAAAAGCAAGAAAAAGAGGAAGAAUAAAAAGAAUGGAAAGGGUAAAGAAGCAGAGAGAGAAACACACGCUCAAGAGAUAAAACAGUCUUCUCAAAUUCAUCAAGAUGAUACACAUAUUCAAGGGCGUCCUGAGACCGCUGAAAUUGUCUCAGAUAAGCUUGCAACACAAGACAAAUGUGAGAAAUCAAAGAUUCAUGGUCCGUCAGAUUCUACUGGGCCUUCCAAUGUAGAAAGUGAAUCAAAGAUAGGUGAAAAGAUUGCAUCUGAAAAGGAUUUGGUUAAACAGGAACAGGAAUCAGUUCCAGCCACUCAACAAUUCACAGAAAAUACUAUUGAGGCAGAGAAGGAUACAUUAAAAAAUACAUUAUCAAAGGGUGCAGAAAAGGCUGAUAUGAAAGAGGAGAGUAAAAGGGAGGGGCAGAAAGAAAAAGUUGAAAAUAGGGUGUCAGUCUCUCAGCAACCAGAACAACCAGAGAGCAGUCAGGAGGUCAAGAAAGGAAAGGAGCAAGAAUUGCCGCAGAAAUCUACUCUACCAAACAACGAGAAAGCAGCCUUGCUAAUGAAAGCCAAAGAGAGCAUUCUUAAAAAGGUGUUUGAAAAAGGAGUGAGUGAAAAGCAGGCUGCCGAGGAGCUGCAGGCACUACGCAAGGAGGUGGGGAGUAAAGGAAAGACUGUAAAGUCACAAACUCAACCAACUAAAGCUGAUUUAGUGGAGAGUCAUGGUGUCGGAGAUGAUGGUGUCAAGAGAACCAAUGGUUCACCAAACGAGAGUGCAGAAGAGAAGAUGAUCACAGAGGAUAAGACGGUAGAGAACAUUUUUGGCAAGGAGGAUACCCAACUUUGUGAAGCUUCUUCAACUAAGGGAGAGGAGGGCAGCAGUUUUGGAGAAGGAGAUAUUAAUACUGCUCCAUCAGUCCAGUCCAAAGAAACUCUGCAAAGCAAGCGAAGAAAGAAGAACAAGAAGUCCAAGAUUCCUAAAGUGACAGAGGCUGAUACUGAGAAGGUACUGCCUGAUGAAAAAGUGGAUUCUGAGGUGACGCAAACUACCACAAAAUCUGCAAUGGCUCAAUCAGAUUUAGAUUACUUAACAGCAGAACAGGGGAUGGACAAACAAACUGAUAGUCAGUCGGCCAGUGAUCUCACUAGACCCUCAGUUGGUGAUGAGGCAAAUGAAGUGAGGACCUCUGUAAUUCACGGUAAAGCAGCUAAGACGAGUCAACACAGUCCCACAUAUUUAUGUAAAUCUGAAGAACUCAAUUCUAACAUCGAGGAACAAACACAAUCGCCAGGGGUUACAUCUAUAGGUAAAGAAGAAUCCCAAUCAGAAACCAACAUUGCUGGCAAAUCCAUUGACAUUACUCAAAAAGCUGUUGCAUGCAAACCAGACAUUCAACCCCCAAGUCAAUCUGUGGUUCUUGGCACACAACCAGAUAAAACCGUAGGGAAAAGCAGAAAGAAGAGAAGGCACCAACCACCUGGAGUUGAUGGCAGCAAUGUUCCAGAAUCAAACACUCUAAAAGAACAACAGCAACAUCUUGAGUCUAAAGAAUCAGCACCUUCACUCUCAGAAGAUACUUCAACAGAGUCUGAAUCUCUUGGAGUCCCUGAGUCUGACUCAGCCUCUGAGAGUUGGGGGGAAGGAGAGCACGAUGUCAGUGAAAGCCGAGAGAUAGUGGCCAAAAAAGAAGGGGCGACAUCCAUGACCGGCAAGUCAUCAUUGAUGCGGCAAGAGUGCUUGGAGCAUGACCAGCAAAUUGUAGCCCUGGUGUCCAUGGUAAGACACAUCGAGGUCCGACUCAAACAGCAGCAGCAGCAGUCUGUUGGCCGCAGCCUUAUCGCCUUGGAUGACAUCAUCACACAGACUGAGACUCUGGACUUUGAGUUGCGUGACUUGGAGCCUGCAGUCACCAAAGAGGUGGAGGAUGCUGAAGAACUGUUGAAGCCCCGACCUAAAGACGUUCCUCCGCAGCUCCUAUUGGCUCUGGAGAAGGAUGGGCGGAGCCUGGCCCGUGGGUAUGAGGCUGCCAGGGCACUUUCUGAGGGCAUUCUGCAAAGUCUACGAGACCAUAGAAACUCAUAUAAGGAGGCAGUAACAGCUGAGCAGAAGUCCCUGGGAGGACGAGUGGAGAAUCUGCUCUCUUGGUUGAGGGAGACAGAGGCUCAGAUGAGUGGUGGAAUGGCGGGGAUGGACAAAAUGGAGACGGCAGAGAAAGAAGAUCAUAGUGAUCAGCUAACACAGCAGCUGAAUCUCUGCAAGGAGCUCCAGGCCUCUCUGACGGCUCGCUCCAGUGAGGUCAACAGCACUGCCUUUGACAUCCAGGUGUUCAUCUCAGAGCGGGCCCAGGACCUGGCCCCCGAGCAGAGCCGGCAGCUCCUGGGUCAGCUGCAGCAGCUGCAGAGGGCCUUCCACCUGGCCUCAGGACAAGCUCAGGCCUGGGCAGAUGCCCUCUCCGCCCAGAGGGGGAGGGAGGAGGAGCGGCAGCGCAGGGAGAGAGUCAAAGAAGAGGAGAAGGACAGAGAGAGGCAGAGUGCAAGGGACAGAGAGGUGGUUCAACAGCAGAAGGCCGAAUGCUCCCAGAAACUAGAAGGCCUCACCAUGUGGCUGGCCGGAGCUGCCAGCUUAUUGGUCGGUCAGAAAGGUGGAGCAGAGUCAGGUGACGUGAACGUCUUGAAAGAGAAGCAGAAAAAACUAAAGGAAUCACAGAAGGACCUCCAGGCCAAAGGGGAGGCUGUUGCCGAGGCUAUCCGCUCUGUGGAGGAGCUCCUGGCAGACCGAGGAGAGAGUCUGAGCCCAGAGGAGAGGAAGAACCUCCAGGGGGCGCUAACCAGACUGAAGGAGCAGUACAGCACCCUCAAAGAUUCAGCAGACACGUCACUGUCAGAGCUGGACACAGCCAUCAGCACCACGGUGCAGCAGAACACACAGAGGGCUAAGGCUGAGGAGGAUCUCCAGGAGACCCAGGGCCAGAUAGACUCUCUGUUGAAGGAGUUAUCUUCUCUCAACCAACCAGGCGGGAGAGGAGUGGGAUCUGGAGACAUGCCUGACACAUUUUUCUCACAGCCAGAAGGCGCUGUGAUGUCACACACAGAGACGCUGCAGAAUGAGCUGCAGCAGCUGCAGGCUCAACAGGCUCAGCUGCUCCAGAUCACUCAGUCCACCCGCUCCCUUCUGGACCAGCCGGACUCCACCGUCCCUCCUGAGGAGAAGCAGCGUCUCCGGGCCGCCCUGGAUCAGCUGCAGGCCCAGCACCAGGAGAGGCUGCAGAGCUGCCAGGACCGCCUGAGGAAGUCUGAGUCUCUGAAGGACGAGCUGACGAAGUUCCUCCAAGAACACGGAGGUCUGGGUACCUGGCUGGAACAAAAUGAGCAGGAGCUGCGUUCCCUGGGGGAAGGAGAAACUGAUGCACAAGGACUGAAGGGCAGGCUGGAGGAGCACAGGAAGCUUGCUGAGGAUGUAAUCUGCCACAAGGCGGACCUGCGCUUCGUCUCCAUCUCGGGUCAGAAGGUUCUGGACUCCGUUCAAGGAGCUCUGGAGCAGGUCGGGGGUUCAGACCCCGCUCUGGACAGCACCAAGCAGCUGGUGACUGACAAGCUGCAGGACGCUAACCACAGAUACACCAGCCUGCACACAAAGUCAACAGAGUUGGGCGGCCGUUUGUCCGGCCUGCUGGAGAGGUACCAGCAGUACCAGGAUGAGGUGGUGUCCCUCCACUCGUGGCUCAGCACUCAGGAACAGCACCAAAGCAUAGCCAAGCCCAGCGGAGACACCGACCCCAAGAACUUGCAGGACACACUACGACAAGUGCAGCUGCUGCAGGACGAGCUGGCUGAGCGCUCAGUGCAGCUGGAGAAGGUGAAGAGAGCCGGGAGAGACCUGGUCAGCACUGAAGAGUCUCCUUCACUGAAGGCUGUGGACAUCCUCUGUGCUGCAGACGGCCUGGAGAAGAGGUUUGGCUCGCUCUCUGCCUCUGUGUCGGAGCGGGCGGAGCAGCUGCAGACGGCGGUGGCGCAGUCGGUCAGCGUGCAGGAGGGUCUGACGGCUCUGCUGGGCUGGCUGGACAAACUGCCUCUGACCCCGGGCCCUGUGGAGCCCACCGCUCAGGCCCUGCAGGACGCCCUGACCCAGAACCAGAAACUUCGCCAGGAGCUGCUGUCCCGGCAGGGCAGCGUGGAAGCAACGCGAGACUCCAUCUCCAAACUCCUGCAGAGCUCGGACGCCUCAACGGCCUCGGGCCUGCAGGGCUCUUUAGACCAGCUGACUCAGCGCUACGCCGCAGCGCAGGGCAGCCAGGCGGAGAGCGAGGCCCAGCUCAAAGGGCUGCUGCCCCGCCUGGAGAGCUACGAGCGGCUGGGGGCCGACCUCCAGGUCUUCACCCAGAGCCGACUGAAGGCCCUGAGCCCAGGGGGGCAGCCUGAGCGCAGCGUGGACGACUACAGGCAGACCAUCGAGGAGGUCAAGUCUGAGCUGGAGCAGGAAGCCGGUCAGCUGAAAUCCUUCUGCAACCUGGGCACCGAUCUCAGCCAAUCAAAAGCUUUCAAUAACACACAAAGCUUAUUGGAUAAUGUCAAAGGAGUGUCAGAUGAGUUCACCCAACUGGAAGCCAAUGUCAACCAAAGGUUUGCUGCCCUCCAGGCCUGUGAGCAGCAGCUCCUGCAGUUCCGCGGGCUCUCCGGCUCCCUCCUCAGGUGGCUCCAGACAGGGCAGGACCAGCUGGCGGCCAAAGAGGCCAACCUCAACACAGAGAGCCUGCAGAGGAGAGUCCAGCAGCUCAAGGACUUGCUGGAUGACUGGGAGUCUCAGGGAGGAAGAGUUCAGGAUCUGAACAAGACGGGCUCUGAGCUGGAGUCGCUCAUCAUCGACAUCACCGCUCCUAAGACCAAAACUGGUCUUCCUCACAUCAAUGUCUCAGCAGGGCCCAGCAGUGUCAAUGGCAUCCACACCUGUAAAGACCUGACGGAGCUCCAGGUAGCCGUGUCUGAUGUGAACGGUCGGUAUGAGGCGCUGGGGGGGGAUCUGAAGGAGCGUCUGGGCAGACAGGAGGUGUCUCUGGAGCUGAGGCAGAAGGCCAGGCAGGAUGCUGAGGAGCUGAAGAGCUGGCUGACAGACAGGGAGAGCAGCCUGAGACAGGGACAGACCGCCUCCCCCUCCAAACCGGAGGUGGUCCGCGCCCAGGCCCAGGAGAACAAGGCUCUGCUCUCAGAGCUGGCGGAGCACUCUGGGAAGGUGGAGGAGCUGAAGAGCUCGCUGAGGAAACUGAUCGCCGACAAUCCAGAUUCUCCUGAGGCCGACACCUGGAGGCAGCAGCUGCAGGAGAUAGACUCGCGCUGGCAGACGGCCAAUCAGACGGCAGCGCAGAGGCAGACGGAGCUGGAGACGUGUGCUGAUAGGCUGGGCAGCUUCGCCUCAGCGGCCAGUCAGCUGGGCCCCUGGCUGAGGGAGAAGGAGCUGAUGAUGAGCGUGCUGGGGCCCCUGAGCAUCGACCCCAACAUGCUGAACACACAGAAGCAGCAAGCACAGUUCAUGCUGCGUGAGUUUGACACGAGGCGGCCGCAGUUUGAGCAGCUGACCCAGUCUGCGGAGGGAAUCCUUUCCCAGACUGGGGACUCUGCUCAGGACCCCAAGGACCUGGCGGAGGUGCGGUCUGAGCUGGGCUCCAUCUCCCAGCAGUGGGAGGAGCUUACCAACCGACUGACCCAGAGGUCAAACCACAUCGACCAGGCGCAAGGAACCAGCGAACAGUACCAGGCCCUGCUCAGACAGCUCUCCUCCAGUGUUUCUGCUCUGGGGGAGAGGUUGGAUGGUCAGGCCUCGCUGAGCGCUCAGCCCGAGGCGCUAAAACUCCGCCUGCAGGAGACAGGUGAGAUCCGCUCUGAGCUGGAGAGGCGGCGCUGCGAGCUGGGCGAGGCGGAGAGGCUCUGCAGCGAGCUGAGCAGCAUCGUGGCCGAGCCGUACCUGAAGGAGGAGCUGAGCAAACGCCUGCAGAGUGUCAGCGCCCCGCUCAGGAGUUUAGAGGAGCGCGCAGCUGACGGGCUGUCUCAGCUCCAGGCCGCUCUGUCGUCCACGCAGCAGUUCCAGCAGAUGUUUGAGGAGCUGCGCUCGUGGCUCGACAAGCAGUCGGAUCCCAGAGCGUCUUCCCCAGACUCCCUUCCCUGUCAGCCGCAGGCCAUCCGCUCCCUGCUGGCUCAGACUGACGACCUCCAGCGGGGGGUCGCCAGUCAGAGAGGCUCCUACGAGCUGCUGCAGGCCGAGGGAGCGUCGCUGCUCGCCUCUCUCCCCGCGGGCGGAGAGGAGCGCUCUGCCCUGCAGUCUCGCCUGGCCUCCUUGAAACAGGACUGGGAUGGGAUGAACCAGAAGAUCGCGGAUCGAGAGAGCAGACUGAAAGCCACACUCAGCAAAGCAGAAACCUACCAGCAGCACAAGGCCGAGCUGGUACCGUGGUUAGCGGAGUGUGAGGGGAAAGAUGCUGAGAUCCAGCCAUCACUGGACCCUGCGGCGCUGGAUAAAGCCCUGCAGAAGGGCCGAGGUCUAUCACUGGACAUCGAAAGACGACAACCCCUCCUCGAGGCCUUCAACACAGCAGCAGAUCAGCUGCUGGAGCAAUGCUGCAUCGGGGACGAAGAGGUACGAGAUGAGAAGGCCCAGCUGAACCGCAGGGUGGACGGACUGGGGGAGAGGCUCCAUCAGCGCUCCUCCCAGCUGGAGGAGCUGGCUGGACGUCUGAAGGAGUUUGAGGAGGGCAGGCAGGCAGCGGAGAGGAGGCUGGAGGCCGCCAAGCACCAAAUUGAAGUCCAGGAGGCUCUGGGUCCACAGGCGUGCAGUGCUAAGAGCCUGGAGCGUCUGAGGAGUCAGCAGGAGGGUCUCCGCUCCCUGAAGCCUCAGGUGGUGUACCUCAGGGACCUGGCCCAGGGUCUGGUGCAGGACGCCCCGCAGACACCGGGGGGCAGCACCGAGGGUGCCAAGAGGCUCCAGGAGCAGGCCAGGGGCACGGAGAAGGAGUAUGAAGACGUCACUGACAAGAUCGAGCAGUGCUGCUCCUCCCUGGAGUCCCGACUGCAGGGCGUGGGUGAGGUCCAGUCUCACGUGCGCGACGUCUUCUCUCGCAUUGCCGACCUGGAUGAUGAGCUGGACUCCCUCGGACCGGUUGGACGCGACGCAGACUCCCUGGCCUCUCAGGCCGACGCCCUGAAGGGCUACCUGUCCCGUCUGGGCGACCUGAGGGCGGAGCUGGAGGGUCACAACACAGACUGCACCACCAUGCUGCGCCGGGAGGGCUCCUCCCCCGACCUCCUGGCUCUCAGGAGGGAGACGGAGGCUCUCAGCCGCCAGGCCGGCAAGCUCAGCGAGCGUGGCCAAGGCCGGCUGGAUCAGAUCGACGACGCUGCAGAGAAGGUUCGGGAAUUCUACAGGCUGGUGGCCGAGCUGCAAGGCAUGCUGGGAAGGGCUGAAAAUGGGCUGAACUCACAGGGCAUGGUCGGCACGGAGGUGGAGAUGAUCAAACAGCAGCUGCAGGAGUUCAAGGCGGUGGAGAGAGAGCAGGUGGACAGCAUUCAACCCAAGCUGCAGCACAUCAACGCCGUGGGUCAGGGUCUGAUCCAGAGCGCCGGCAAACACACCGACACCCAGGCCCUGGAGCACGACCUGGAGAACACCAACCUCCAAUGGAACUCACUCAACAAGCGGGUGGCAGAGCGGAUCGCCCAGCUGCAGGAGGCCCUGUUGCAUUGUGGGAAAUUCCAGGAUGCUCUGGAGCCUCUGCUCAGCUGGCUGAGCGACACAGAGGAGCUGGUGGCCAAUCAGAAGCCUCCGUCAGCAGAAUACCGCGUGGUCAAGGCUCAGAUCCAAGAGCAAAAGCUGCUCCAGAGACUGUUAGAUGACCGCCGGCCGACAGUGGAGAUGAUCCGCGCUGAGGGAGAGAGGAUCGCAGCCACGGCCGACACUCAGGACCGGGAGAAGAUCCAGAGCCAGCUCCAGAGUCUGGCAGAGAGAUGGACCGAGCUGCUGGACAAGGCCAGCGGCAGGCAGAGGCAGCUGGAGGAGCUGCAGGUUUUGGCUCUUCAGUUCCACGAGGCCCUGGAGCCUCUGGGAGAGUGGCUGAGUGCCACCGAGAGGCGCCUGGGCUCCGCUGAGCCAAUGGGAACCCAGACGGCCAAGAUCACACAGCAGAUCGUCAAGCACAAGGCGAUCCAAGAGGAGAUCUCCUCACGUGAAUCUGAGGUUAACCACCUCGAGUCCGUCAGCCAAUCGCUGACCCCGCUCAGCUGCACGGCCGAUCGCAAUUGGCUAAGCGAGCGCGUGGGGGCGGUGAGGUCCAAUCACUCGGAGCUCACUGAUUGGUGCUCCCGGCGAGCGGGCAUGCUGGAGCAGGCGCUGGCUAACGCCCAGCUGUUUGGGGAGGAGGAGGUGGAGGUGCUGAACUGGCUGGCAGAGGUGGCUCAGAGGCUGGCUCAGGUCUCCGUGCAGAGCUACCAGCACCAGCUGCUGGCCGAGCAGCACAAACACACCCUGGCUCUAAAUGAAGAGAUUGUGAGCAGGAAGAAGACGGUGGACCAGGCUAUCAAAAAUGGACAAGCUUUACUAAAACAGACCACAGGAGAGGAGGUCCUGCUGAUCCAGGAGAAGCUGGACGGCAUCAAGUCGCGCUACGCUGAGAUGACGACGGGCAGCAGCAAGGCGCUCCGCACGCUGGAGCAGGCCCUGCAGCUGGCCACACGAUUCGCCAGCGCCCACGAUGACAUCAACCAAUGGCUGGAUGCCGUUGAGGCGGAGCUUAACAACGUGGAGCCCGACGCAACACCCGCCUACCAGGAAAGACAGAAGGAGCUGAAGAAGGUGUCUGCAGAGAAGCGCCUGGUGCUGGACACGGUGAACGAGGUGGGCAGCGCUCUGCUGGAUCUGGUGCCGUGGAGGGCCCGCGAGGGUCUGGACCGCCUGGUCGCCGACGCCAACCAGCGCUACCGCCAGUCUGAUGAAACCAUCAGGCAGCGGGUGCAGCUGGUACAAGCUGCCAUCCAGAGGUCACAGCAGUACGAGGAGGCGGUGGAUGCAGAGCUGGCCUGGGUGGGGGAGACGGAGCGUAAACUGACGUCUCUGGGGCCCCUGAGCUUGGAGCCUGACGUGACCGUGGCCCAGAUGCAGGUGCAGAGGGCCUUCAACAUCGACAUCAUCCGACACAAAGACACUGUGGAUCAGCUGCUCAGCACCAAGGAGGACAUCCUGGAAACCUGCAGCGACGCCCAGAAGGACGCACUGAUGGUGAAGACAGAUUCGCUCAGCGCUCGAUAUGAAGGCGUGAAUCAGAUCCACAGCGAGCGGUUCUCAGCUCUGGAGCAGGCCCAGGUUUUGGUCGCUCGCUUCUGGGAGACACACGAGGAACUGGAACCAUGGCUGGGCGAGACAGAGACCCUCAUCACGCAGCUGCCCCCGCCCGCCAUCGACACCGACGCCCUCCGCCUGCAACAGGACCAGAUGAGGCUGCUGAGGGAGUCCAUCGCAGAGCACAAGCCCCACAUUGACAAGCUGCUGAAGAUCGGACCCCAGCUGGCCGAGCUUAGCCUCACAGAGGGGGCGAAGGUGACGCAGCGCUACAGCGAGGCCGAGAGGCGCUACCUGGCCAUCAAAGAGGGGGUCAAAGGUCGUGCGACAACCUUAGACGAGGCCGUUUCACAGUCAUCACAGCUGGUAGAGUUUCACGACAAGAUGGACCCCCUGCUGGAGACCCUGGAGGGGGCGGUGCAGCGACUGCGGCAGCCCCCCCCGGUGGCAGCCGAGGUGGACAAGAUCAGGGAGCAGCUGGGGGAGCACCGAGCCCAGGGGCUGGAGCUGGACAAACUGCUGCCCAGCUUCUCGGCUCUGUGCGCCCGCGGAGAGGAGCUCAUCGGACGGGCUGCUCACGACGACCCUGCCGCUCAGGCCGUCCGUACCCGCCUCCUGCGCCUGCGCUCCCUGUGGGAUGAGAUCCGGCAGCGGGCAGAGGAGAAGGAGGGGAAGCUGAACGAUGUGUAUGACCUGGCCGGGAAGUUCUGGGCCGACGUGGCGGCGCUGCUGAGCACGCUCCGAGACUCCCAGGACAUCGUGAGGGAGCUGGAAGACCCCGGCGUGGACCCCUCACUCAUCAAACAACAGAUCGAGGCUGCUGAGGCGAUUAAGGCAGAGACCGACGGCCUGAGGGAGGAGCUGGAGUUUGUCAGGACCCUCGGAGCCGACCUCAUCUUUGCCUGUGGAGAAACUGAGAAACCUGAAGUGAAGAAGACCAUUGAUGAGAUGAACGCUGCCUGGGAGGGUCUGAACCGGACGUGGAGAGAGAGGAUGGAGAGGCUGGAGGAGGCCAUGACAGCGUCUGUGCAGUAUCAGGACGCUCUGCAGUCUAUGUUUGACUACCUGGACAACGCUGUGAUCAAGCUGUGUGACAUGUCCACAGUAGGAACUGAUCUUGGAACUGUCAAACAGCAGAUUGAAGAGCUCAAGCAGUACAAGGUGGAGGUUUACCAGCAGCAGAUUGACAUGGAGAAGCUGUGCCACCAGGGAGAGCUGCUGCUGAAGAAGGUGUCCGACCAGACGGACCGGGACAUGAUCCAGGAGCCGCUGACCGAGCUCCGUCACCUCUGGGAAAACCUGGGGGAGAAAAUCACACACAGACAGCACAAGCUCGAGGGUGCCCUGCUGGCCCUGGGUCAGUUCCAGCACGCUCUGUCUGAGCUGCAGGCCUGGCUGAACCACACACACACCACCCUGGACACACAGCGGCCCAUCACCUCUGACCCCAAGGCCAUUGAAAUCGAGCUGGCUAAACACCACGUUCUACGUAAUGAUGUUCUUUCCCAUCAUGCCACUGUGGAGAAUGUGAACGGUGCUGGCGCUGAGCUGCUGGAGUCGUCUCCUGGCGACGAGGCCAGCCAGCUGAGGGACCAGCUGGACCAUCUGAACCAGGGCUGGCAGAGCCUCCUGCUGAAGACCCAGGAGAGGCAGAAGCUGCUGGAGGCUGCCCUGCACCAGGCUGAGGGUUUCCAUGGCGAGUUGGAGGAGUUCCUGCAGUGGCUGAGGAGGACGGAGAGCCAGCUGUCUGCCGCCAAGCCCACCGGCGGCCUCCCUGAAACAGCCAGGGAGCAGCUUCAGCAGCACGUGGAGCUCCAGGCCCAGCUGGCUCAGCGGGCAGACCAGUACCACAACCUGCUGGACCAGGGAGAGUCCAUGCUGCUGGCUCGGGGGGGAGAGGAGGCCGGACCCGGCACCACCCAGACCCAGCAGAACCUGGCCAUGCUGCAGAACAAGUGGGCCAGCCUCAACACCAAGAUGGACGACCGCAGGGCGAAGCUGGAUGAGGCUGUUUCCUUGGCGACAGGUUUCCAGACCUCUCUGCAGGACACCAUCAACUGGCUAACCCAGGCUGAACAAACCCUCAACAUGGCCCAGCCCCCCAGCCUCAUCCUGGACACAGUCCUCUUCCAGAUCGAUGAGCACAAGGUGUUUGUGAAUGAGGUGAACACCCACAGAGAGCAGGUCCUGGCUCUGGAGAAGGCCGGCUCUCAGCUCCGCUUUGCCAGCAUGAAGCAGGACGUGGUUCUCAUCAAGAACCUGCUGCUCAGCGUCCAGGCCCGCUGGGACAAGCUGGUGCAGAGGUCCCUGGACCGCGGCCGACACCUCGACGAGGCCCGCAAACGCGCCAAACAGUUCCACGAGGCCUGGAGGAAGCUGACAGACUGGCUGGAGGAAGCCGAGAACCGACUGGACUCAGAGCUGGAGAUCUCCAACGAGCCGGAUAAGAUCAAAGUACAACUGGCCAAACACAAGGAGUUUCAGAAAGCUAUGGGCUCGAAGCAGCCGGUUUACGACACUACAGUGAGGUCCGGGAGGGCCAUGAGGGACAAGGCCCAGCUGCCUGCAGACACCCAGAAAAUGGACCACCUGGUGGGAGAGAUCCGCGACAAGUGGGACACCGUCUGUGGCAAGAGUGUAGAGAGACAACACAAGCUGGAGGAGGCUCUGCUGUUCUCAGGUCAGUUUGCAGAGGCUCUGCAGGCCCUGGUGGACUGGCUUUACCGGGUGGAGCCCCAGCUGGCUGAAGACCUGCCCGUCCAUGGAGAUCUGGAUCUGGUGUCCAACCUCAUGGACUCACACAAGGCUUUCCAGAAAGAGAUGGGGAAGAGAACCGGCAGCGUUCAGGCUCUGAAGCGCUCAGCCCGGGACCUGAUGGACACCGGGCGCGAAGACACGGCGUGGGUCAAAGUUCAGCUGCAAGAGCUCAGCAACCGCUGGGACACAGUGUGCGCUCUGUCCGUCACCAAGCAGACCCGCCUCCAGCAGGCCCUCAAACAGGCGGAGGACUUCCGUACGUCGAUACAGAUGCUUCUGGAGUGGCUCUCUGAGGCCGAACAGACGCUCCGUUUCCGUGGCGUUCUCCCCGAAGAGGCGGAGACUCUGCAGGCGCUGCUGCACACACAUCGGGACUUCAUGGGCACGGUGGAGGAGAAGAGGGCGGACGUGAACAAGGCGGCUGGCAUGGGAGAGGGCAUCCUGACCCUCUGCCACUCUGACUCCAUCACCACCAUCAAACACUGGAUCACCAUCAUCAGGGCGCGCUUCGAGGAGGUGCUGACGUGGGCCAAACAGCACGAGCAGCGCCUGGAGACGGCUCUGACCGAAGUGCUCAACAAUGCCAACCUGCUGGAGGAGCUGUUGUCAUGGCUACAGUUUGCUGAGACCACAUUGGUCCAGAAAGACACAGAACAGCUUCCUCAGGACAUCACACAGCUGAAGACACUCAUCACAGAACACCAGAUAUUUAUGGAGGAGAUGACGAGGAAGCAGCCAGAUGUCGACAAAGUGACAAAGACCUACAAAAGAAAACCAGCCGAGGCUCCCAGCAGCCUGGCCGAGAGGAGAGGAGCUCGCAAAAACCAGCAGCAGCAGCAGGCGGCCAUGCAGGUCUCUGGAGGAAACCCCCGCCUCAACCAGCUGUGUGCCCGCUGGCAGCAGGUCUGGCUGCUGGCUCUGGACCGCCAGCGCAAACUCAACGAUGGACUGGACCGACUGGAGGAGCUCAAAGAGUUUGCCAACUUCGACUUCGAUGUGUGGAGGAAGAAGUACAUGCGCUGGAUGAACCAUAAGAAGUCCCGAGUCAUGGACUUCUUCAGACGCAUCGACAAGGACCAGGAUGGAAAGAUCACCCGGCAGGAGUUCAUAGACGGCAUCCUGGCAUCAAAGUUCCCCACCAGCAGGCUGGAGAUGACCGCAGUGGCAGACAUCUUUGACAGAGACGGAGACGGCUACAUCGACUACUACGAGUUUGUUGCUGCUCUGCACCCCAACAAGGACGCCUACAGACCCACCACUGAUGCUGAUAAGAUAGAGGAUGAGGUGACUCGGCAGGUUGCACAGUGUAAAUGUGCCAAGAGGUUCCAAGUGGAGCAGAUAGGAGAGAACAAAUACCGGUUCUUCCUCGGAAACCAGUUUGGAGACUCUCAGCAGCUGCGUCUGGUGAGGAUUCUGCGCAGCACGGUGAUGGUGAGAGUCGGAGGAGGCUGGAUGGCUCUGGAUGAGUUCCUGGUCAAAAAUGAUCCGUGCAGAGUGCAACACCCUGGACUUAAGAUCCUCCGCUCCGAUUCCAGUAGCUCCAUCUCAUCUCGUAUAGUGACAGUCACUCCUGGCUAUUUCUGCUGCCGAGCUCGGGGCCGCACCAACCUGGAGCUGAGGGAGAAGUUCAUCCUCCCUGAGGGGGCGUCUCAGGGUCUGGCCGCCUUCCGGUCCCGAGGGCGGCGCUCCAAGCCGGGGUCCCGUAACGCCUCGCCCACCCGCUCCUCCUCCUCGGCCUCCCACAGCGGGGCCUCGCUACCCUCGGCCCCCUCCACCCCCGCCACACCCACAGCCUCUGCAUCAUCCAGGUCCUCCCAUACUCACUCUCGUGACUAUGCCAAGCCCUGGCUGACACACAGUAAAACUCCAACGCCAUCCAAGUGCCAGUGCUGCCCCGACCUCGCUCACAGCCCCACCAGUCCCGGGCAUGAGGGGGCCGCGUCGGGGUCCAAACUGAAGAGACCGACGUUCCACUCCAGCCGAGGCUCGCUGAGCGGAGAGAACGGAGGAACGCCGCUCUCCGGAAAACCGGCACGCGCUGAUCCGAAGCGAGGGGGGUCCACAGCGAGCGGGCAGGCGAGCCGAGCGGGCAGCCGGGCGGGCAGCAGAGCCAGCAGCCGGAGAGGCAGCGACGCCUCGGACGCCUCGGAGCUGCAGGACGCCCGCUCCGUCUGCUCCGACGCCUCGGACACACCACGACGACCCGGGGCCAAACCAUCCAAGAUACCCACCAUCUCUAAAAAAACCCCCAGCCCAAAGACCCAGGGGGCCGCGAAAAAAUAAUUCAGCAAUAGAAAAACUGGAGUAGAAGCGAGUAUCAUCGGUGCACCAGCUCUUCAAUCUGAGUCCAUCUAACAGGGCUCGAGGAGAGUUUGUGCACUGUGACAUUUUCCAGGGGAAAGAAGGAGAUGGAUAGGAUGGUGAAUCUCCUUCUCACUCUUUCCCCGCUCUCAUGGACGGACUGAGAAAACAUGCACAACAGGAGGAGGGAUUCUGGUCCCAGGUCAGAAUCUGUGGGGUCAAAAGAAGCGACCCCAUUUUGCCUUCCAGUCUCCUGCUUUGUCUUUCAAAAGUUCCCCCCCAAGCGUGGAACCAAACCCCAAACUGACUUGACGUGAUGCUGCCUUACUUACUCACUUCUGUCCCUAACAGAAUAAGAGAAAGCCUUUAAACUGCUUUAUACCACACUGACACAAAUACACACGUUUUCAAAGAGAAGCAGGGUAGGGAGUGGGACACGCCACCACCACGGCUGCAAAAACAAAGAAAGCCCAAAUGAAAUUCAGGAAAAAAGAAAAAGAAAGAGAGAAUUGUGGGUCAUUAUUUUGGCUUGUGGGCCAGAUGCCUCAGCGAUGAGUCUAAAAAGAAAAUAUGCAACGACUGCCAUGUCUCUUCCUCUGGACUGGUUGGUAGGGAAAACGCUCACCUCAGCAGAUCUGUGUGUGGGGAGGCGGGAAAACGUUGUCCGACAGACACACACCGGCUAACCUCAGACUCAGAGGGUGGGUGGUGGUGACGGAGCAAACACUCACACACUCGCACCGCAGCGCAGACUCCUCCCGACCGCUGGAACGUAACAUCAGCCUUGUGUGUGUGUGUGCAUUUCAGCAAAGGGCGGUGUGGUUUGGUCACAUGCCGGCGUAACAAUCCAACAGGAAUAUCACAGACUGGCAAAAGAGAGGACUAUUUUUAAGGUGACACUCACUAACAGCACAUUACUGACAAUAUACGACAUGUGUAACCCGAUGUUCGACAACCAGCAUGCACUAAUUGUCUCUUCCUCUGCAGUCCCACCUUAAUGUCUACGCUGCGUCGCCCUGAGCAACUCAGCAGCACACACACACAAGGUGGUGUGUUUAAUGUGUGUCUUUGUUACAGGAAAUGAUAGAGGUCAUUGACAUGAGUCACUGUAUGCAAACAUUUUAAUUUGCGAAUGUCCUUUUUGUUUUUCUUCUCAUUGUUUUCUGGUUAAUUUAUAAUCCAGUUGUACUUUUGUUAUCUAGCUUGAAAGAAAAAUCUAUUUAUUUUUCAGUUUCAUGUCAUAUCACCGUUUGCGGAGUGUGAUUUAGUAUUAUGGUUAAAGAAAUUGUGUUUUUUUGUACCAAGGAAGUGUCCGCUCCGCUCCGUUUGUGUGUUUCUACUUCAUUGUAACAUUACAUUACUCACUAGGUCGCUGAUUCUGGUGACAGCCUUGUUUGUUCUUUUCUCUUUUUUUGCUAAUGACUACAAUUCCCAGACCAUGACCAAAGGGGUUUGCCCUUCAUGUGUAGAGAGAACUACAAAUAUGAAUGACAUGAGACCUGGCCAGAGCGGACCAAUGAGAGCGGGUUGUCCUCCCUCAUGUCCGUCCCCAGCGUUUCUUCUUCUAGGCUUUUUUUCAAAUGCCCGUCAUUGGCGGGGCAGAGUUGUCUCUGUGUUAUCUCAGUGUGAGAGAUGAAGUUUAUGAAAAACGAAUGAAAUUACAGUAAGAAAGAAGACAUCUUAAGGUGAUUUUUAUUUAUUUAUUGUCUCUCUGAGGGGAGGGGGAUUCGGGGCGCAGGAGACGAGUCCUCCACCUUUUGAUGCUGUGCUACUCUCAGUGUGAUGGCGAAAACAUGGAGGGAGGGGUGUUACUAUAGGAGUCAAUUGUGUAAAAGUAAAACUAAAAACUAAAAUUAUAAACAAUGUUUUUGUUCUGUUUUUGUAUUAAAAAUAUGCUUGCAGUAAAAA